CUGACAGUGGUUUUAUCCCACGUAGGCUUCCGUAGAAGCAGGAAGUAGCUUCGUUGUCGUUUAGAGACCGUUCACUAGUCUCAUCAUCGGCAAAUUUAUUGACUCAUUUAAGAGUUUUUUGCACGGGCGGUGAUGGGUGACAUUCGUCAGUCGUUGCUGCCUCGCGAUGUGUUGAGUGCAGCCAAGGAGCUGCUGUAUCACCUGGACAUCUACAUCUGUAACCUGGUGCAGUCAGGGAGGCAGCCUCCUCAGGUCGACUCCAAAACCUUGGAGCUGAUAGAGGAGUUCAUUCUGCAUGCCCCUAAGGACAGAAGCACCCCAGCCAGGAGGAUGAAUGCGCUUCAGGAGCUCCAGCUGUUGGAGAUCAUGUGCAGCUGUUUCCAGGAGCAGAGCCGUGAUACUGUCCGACAGCUCAUGUUCUCCGCCCUCUUCAGUCUCCAAGGCAACCAGGCAGAUGAAAGUCGCAUGGCACUUUUAGGCAAACUGGUCUCCAUGGCAAUCGCUGUGGGCAGGGUUCCCAUCUUGGAAUGUGCAGCUACCUGGUUACAGAGAACCCACCGUGUGUACUGUGUGCGCCUGGCUCAGGUGCUGGUAGAUGACUACUGUAGUAUGGUGCCAGGCUCUGUGCCCACCCUUCACAACAUCCACAGCUCCAGCCCACGUUUCUGCUGCCAGUUCAUCACUGCUGUCACCACCCUCUAUGACCUCACCUCAGAGGAGCUCACUCCUCCUUUAGAACUCCUACAGAUGAUCGUGUCGUGGAUCCAAGAUGACCCCCGUCUGGUUCUGAUCACCUUCCUGAAUACGCCCCUCUCUGGCAGCCAGCCAAUCAGCUCACUUGAUGUCACACCAUUAGGGGGGUUGGUGCGCUGGUGCGUCAAAGCGCCUCUGGCCUAUAGGAGAGACAAAAAGCUGGCGUUGACCAAUGGCACCACUGAAAGCGAGCCAGAGGUGGGGAGUCUUUUCUCUGCCCUCCAUCUGAGUGUCCUACAGGUCUUCAUGCUCUUGCCAAACAUCCUAAAUGAGAAAGGGCUUUUUGGUCGCCUGGCGCUCCUUCAGCUGGAGUCCCUGGCCACGCUGACCUCUGACCUCUCCAGGCUGUUGGAUCAGGCUGACAAACAAACACUCACGUCAUCCACAGACACACAUGCACUGUCCCAGCUGACACUGGACCGGCUGGCACAGGCCUUGCAAGUGGCCAUGGCUAAUGGAGCCCUGCUCUGCUCGAGAGAGGACCUGAGAGCCAUCUGUUCCCGACUCCCACACAACAAUUUGCUCCAGUUGGUGCUGUCAGGCCCAGUGAUGUACUACAACAACAUCCACACCCCUCCGCUGGCCUUCAGCCCGCACGCAGCUCACUCCCCCAUCGCCUCACACCCCACACACCCCGCACACACCCCGCACACACCUCUAGCCACACCUCUAGCCACUCACCCGUCCUCUCACCCUCAGUACCCCGCUCAGCCCUUCAUGACAGGGAUGCCGUUCCCCUUCCGACCCAGCCACUAAAAGAAACUUGCAGAUGUGAAGUUGUGUGUUUAUGUGUUGAUAUGUGUGGAUAAUGUGCUGUGGGGCUUAUUGCCUGUUUGUUGGCAUGCAUGAAUUAAUGUGUGAGUGGUUAAUUAGGAUGUUAAUAAGAUGUGCUUUUGCUAAAGGUCUGUGAGGCUAAUGUGUCUGUCCAAUAAAUAUUUUUUUACCUCA